CCAACCGCCAAUAAACAGAAAGAAGAAGAAGAAGAAGAAUGGCGGAGGGUGCGCGACGUUAGCAAUGGGGUAAAUUCGGUCAAAUAUGUGGGCUGAAGGCGACCGAGUGGUAAAACAUUGGACAGGUAACCUCCAUUUAAAUUACUUUACCACUUGAAGCACCGCUAAUCAGUUUUAUUUUUCGCUGACGGUAAAUGUAGUUUUAGCAGGAAAGCUAACUAUCACAGACACGACUGAAGGGAGUCGUUUAAAAAUAUAAACAAGUGUGGCGUUACUCUGUUUCGCUUUGGAUUUGACUGUUUUCGGCUAGUUAUUCGGCAGCAUUUGAUCUUGGAUAUCUGAAGAGGCCUGUAAAUGGAUCCAAGGGGGUUUCGUGAAAGUCCCGCGGGUUCUGGGGAACCUUCAGAGGAGGAGAAGAGAGGAGAAGAUCCAGAAGGAGAUCAAACAGAGGACGUGGACGGUGAGGGCAGAGAGGCUGAUGGGGAAUCCGAGAAAACAGAGGAAACGGAAAUGGAGAGUAAAGAUUCUGGAAGAUGUAAAAGUCAAGCGGAAAAUAUGAUGCAUGGAAAACUACCUGAGGAGGAACUAGAUCCUAGAAUCCAGGAGGAACUAGAGCAUCUUAAUGAGGCCAGCGAAGAGAUCAACAAGCUUGAACUGGAGCUGCAAGAGGUUCGAUCCAGCCACAGGAGGAUUAUGAGUGAAUCUGUGCUUAAACUCAAGGCAAUGAGUUCAGAACUGGGCUCCUGCAUUGAGAAGGCCAGGCCUUACUAUGAGGCUCGAAGGAAAGCAAAAGAGGCCCAGCAGGAGACCCAGAAAGCCGCGCUCAGAUUUGAGAGAGGGGUCUCCAUGCAUUCAGCUGCUCGGGAGAUGGUCCAUGUAGCUGAACAAGGCCUCACUGCAGUCAAGACGCUGGAUCCAACCUGGCAAGAGAUGCUGAAUCACGCCACAUUAAAGGUAAAUGAGGCAGAAGAGGAGCGCACGAAGAGCGAACGAGAGCACAUGCGUGUCACUCAGCUGUGUCAGGAAGCUGAGGCUCAUGUGCUGCAGCUGCAAAAGUCUCUGAAGAGAGCCAUCGUAAAGUCCAAGCCUUACUUUGAGCUCAAGGCUCAAUUCAAUGACAUGCUAGAGGGGCACAAGUCAAAGAUUAUAGAGUUAGAGGAGCAUAUUUCCAAAGCCAAGGUCAACUACUCCAGCAGCCUGCGCCAACUGGAGCAAAUCAGCGAAGAGAUUCAUGCCCAGAGAGAGCAGGACCAACUAAAGGAUGGACCAAUCAAAACAUCUGGUGGGCGGAGCCCUCCAGUUGGAGCAGAGACAGUCAGCAGCACAGGGACUGAAGGUGGAGCCUCUGGAGGUUACCCCAGACAAAGUAAUUGGGUGGAUGCGUCAGCUUGCAGACCAUCAUCUCAGAUCUUGGAAAGUGUGACUCGGUUGAACAUCUGGGUCAUCUAAGCAGUGAUGUUAGUCUUUCAGGGGAAGAGGGGGAGGGUACAGGGGGAGUGAGGCAAAAAAAUCUAGACACUUCAGAGGAGUUCCUCAAACAACACAACAGAAGUGUCAGUUUGUGAGUGCAUACAUCAUUAAUAUCCAUUUAAAAAAAUGUAUAUUUUUAUGAUUUUCCUUACCUGAUGACCUUUGUUUUUCAACUUCAUUUAAUAGCAACUGACAGAGCAAGUCUUACACCCUGUCUACACCAGACGCUAGUGGCGCAAUGCGACAAAAGCAAAUCGCUCCCAUUAUAAUCAGUGAUGCUGUCUACACUGGAAGAGCCCAUCCCGUCGUGCUGAUAGCAAACAGACUCCCUGUUCUACUUUGUGCGGUACUCGCUGGCGCUACUCCUGCCAACAUGACAAAUGAACGGUUUAGAACGUUUGCUUUGAUGCCUCCCAGUGUAGACAGCCUCAAGGCAUUGUGAAAUCGCUUGCGUGUGGUGUAGACAGGGUGUUCUUAAUGAAUAUUUAUUGUUGAACAUUUUUUACUAUCAAUACUUGAAAAGCGAGAAGACCAAAAUUUUUAAGUUAGUUAUCUCAUUUGGGUAUUUCAGAUCAAGUGGCAUAAGACUGACAAUGACAAGCCUAGUAAUCACUGCUAUCUUUUUUUAGCCUAAGCAACAUACUACACAAUAUAUCCCUUUUGAUCCUAAAAGCACCAAGUUUUUUCUAUGCGAAUGUAUAAAGCAGUGGCUUAUAAGCACGCUCUUUUUAUUAUAGUCUCUAUAGCUGACAUAAUAACAAUGUGAGGUAAUUUUGUUCUGUAUUUAUCAGAUUUUACUGACUGCAAUCAUACUCUCUGAAGGAAAAAACACUGUCUGUAAAAUUAUACUAUUAUACUAUUAUAUAUUUAUUCUCGUUUAUUUUAAUUUUAAAUUAGAUUUUCUUAUGCUGACUUUGAAAUAGUGGUCCAUGUACAGCUCCCAACUGACAGACUACCAUAUUUUUUUCAAAAACAUUAUUAAAUUCCUAAAAGUGCUUUAUAUGCAUACAUAGGGUAUGCUUUUAUGUUUGUCUAGUUAUUUUUAAUGCACUCAUUUUCCUCAGGAUUAGAACAGAAGUACUGAUUCUGUGCAGUUGGAGAAAUAAUGUACUGAAUUAUUUUCUUAUAGAAGGGUUUAUGAAAUGACUGCCACAAAAAAAUUGUUUUGUUAUUUAGGACAAUCAGUAUUUUUUCCAGAAUGUAUUUUCAUUUUACAUUAUGUCAAGCAUCUUUGAAUGAUUUUUACCUUUGUUUUCACAGCAUUUUUCUAUCGACUGAUGGAAAAGUGUUUUAGUGAGUUUACAUGUCUUUGUUACUGUAGUCCUCAGUGAGAGCACUGGAUACCCUUUGUUAUUAUUUUAACUAAUGUUCUAUAUGAAGAUGUGCACAGUAGUGACAAAUCCGAUGGAACAACAAAUUCAUAUGUCCCUGUGGAUUUUUUUAUGUUUUCUUUUUUUAACAGAAUUUAGGGCAAGUCUUUACUGAGACAAUAGUCACGUGGUAAGAAUGUACUAAUAUUUUGACAUGCCAUCUUUCCUGUGUGACUGAUAUUAUACUUUAAUAUUGUAAGAUAUAUAUAUAUAUAUAUGUAUAUGAGAUUUACUAUAUAUAUACAGUACUGUGCAAAAUUUUUAGGCACUUGUGAAAUUUAGUGAAAAUGUCUUCAAAAAUAAUGCCAUAAAUAGUUUUCAUUUAUCAAUUAACAUCAUACAAAGUCCAGUAAACAUAAAAAAUCUAAAUCAAUAUUUGGUGUGACCACCUUUGCUUUUAAAACAGUCCCAAUUCUCCUACUUACACCUGGACACAGUUUUUCUUGGUUGUUGUCAGAUAGGAUGUACCAAGUUUCUUGGAGAAUUCGCCAUAGUUCUUCUAUCUAUUUAGGCUGUCUCAAUUGCUUCUGUCUCUUCAUGUAAUCCCAGACUGACUCGAUGUUCAGUGGGGGGCUUUGUGGGGGCCAUGACAUCUGUUGCAGGGCUCCCUGUUCUUCUAUUCUAAUCAUUUCUAUUUGCAAAAGUAACGUUUGGGAGUCUAAAAUGUAUUUUUCCUAUUGACACACUAAAGCUGAAGAUAUAAAUAACCAUCUUAAGACAAAUGUUUUUGUGAAACAUCUUAAGUGCCUAAAACUUCUGCACAGUACUGUAUGUGUAUGUGUGUGUAUAUAUAUAUAUAUAUAUAUCUCAAGAUUUGACGUUCAUAAGUCACAAAUGUAAUGUUUUAUUUGCCCUAAUUUUGUGAACCUUUUUUUUUAAAGUAGUACGUGAUUAAACGGUGAUAACAAUGUUCUAAUAUUUUCAUUGAUAUUAUGGCAGUUUAAUAUACUGUAUGCCAGGGUAACACAUUUUACAGUGUUUUCAGUUCUUAUUUGUAUGCUAUUAUGUAUGUUAUAUUUUAGAGAAAUAUUAAAAUAAAACUAGUUGGCGUUGCAGCUCUCUUGUGCUUAAGUUGCAACCCGACUUGACACAAAAAGCUCAAAAUAUUCUUACGUCUCUCGCCACCCUAACUCAUCUUAAACAAAUAACCAGGCUAUGCACUGACCCAUUCCUCAGUGUUAUCCAGAUGCUGUAAAUUAGAUUCAGGGUGCUGUCUUUUGUGAUGUCAGUCAGUGAAUGUCUUAGUGAUGUGAAUAUACUGCCAUCAUCAAAAAGGCUUAGAUCUGCAAGGGCAGGGAAGGUAAGCACACUCUCCUCUGAUAUGAAAGUUAAGCUCCAUCAUAUGACUGAAAUAAAAGACUUAGACUGUCAUUUAGUCCCUCGGUAGUCAUCUCUCUGUUCUUGUUCUGGCAACUCUUCCCAUCCUGACAGAUGUUACACUGCAUUUGUUACCUUCCUGAGGUAUUUGGAUGCCAAAACCUCAAAAGCUUCAAGAAGCAAGAAGCCAAACCCUCAAAAUGCUUCAAAAAGCAAGAAACAUGGAGCUAUUGCAAUAUACUUUUCCUUAGCAUGUUCUUUCUGCAAUCUCACUAUAACUAUUGUCUUUUUUUUUUUUUUUUUUAACAGAUUAUUUAGAUUGUGUAUGUUGUAAUAAUAAUUACAGUGUUUCCACAAUCUUGGAAAAUCAGGAAAUAUGAGCGAAGUUUACAUUUGUGAUUGCAUGGUAAUUAUUAAUCAAGUAAUGGAAAAGUUAUGCACAUUUCUGAAGUGAUUAUAACUAUUUCAAGUUAUGCUGUGCUCUAAAGCGUUUUAUUGGCUUUGAAAUUGUGCUUUGAGUGCUUUCUCCAUAAACUGUUUUUAAAAUCCAUUAAUCCAUAAGACUGGAAAAAUCAUGGAAAUUAAUUUGUCAAGUUGUAGGAAGCCUGCAAUUGCUAUCCAGUUUAUAGUAGUUCUUUUUAAUAAGGUUACUUUGUUAACAUUAGUUAAUGCAUUAGGUAUCAUGAACUAACAAUAAUAUAUUUCUUACAGCAUUAAUUCAUCUUUGUUAAUGGUAGUUAAUAAAAAUACAAUUGUUCAUUGUUAGUUCGUAGUUAAUCAACUAAUGUUGACAUACACAACUUUUGAUUUAAUGUGUUAGUAUAUGUUUAAAUUGACAUUAACCAAGAGUAAUAAAUGCUGUAAAAGUAUUGUUCAUUGUUAGUUCAUGUUAACGAAUGUAACCUUAUUUUGAAGUGUUACCCAGUUUGUUCUAUCACGACGACACUACCACAUCCCACAAAUAUCAGCUUUUUAUUUCUUGAUUUUUAUUAAGACAUAACAAUGUUUAUGCAACAUCUUAGAUCAUUAUAGCAUUUUAACAAUAGCCUGAAAUACAAAUAAAUGUGAGCAAAUGAAUGUCGUCUUGAAAAUAGACUUUUCGAAAGGAUUAAUUUCUUUUCAAUUAUUAAAGAGCCAAGUAAAAAUAGAUGACAGUGCCCAUAACGAACAUCUCAGAGGAGGAGGAGACAAUCCUGGAGGAAUGGAAAGCUACUUUAAAAUAGAUAUGUAUGUAGGUGCAUUUGUAUGUACAUAUACAGUAUAUGCUUUCUGUAAAGUACUUUGUAAACACUGGGUUUAAAAGGUGUCAUUUAAAUAAAGUUUAUUAAAUUA